AUAUAAAUGGUCUAUUAAGUGAAAAGAACGCGCAGAUCUCGAAAUCGCAAAGCCGGUUGUCGCGUCAUCUGACCACGUGACUACGGCAAAAUCUCAACGGCCGGCGGCGAUCCGACAGCUGUUCAGCAAGUGAUAACAGGUAGGUAGGCCAAAACUGCGGCUUAAUUUGAAGCUGGUGUAAGGCGUCUUUAAUUACCUAUCACAAGAAAACCAUAUCUACGUUUAUUGGGUAUGAUUACUAUUUAAGUGAAUUAGACUAUUUUCCAAAGAUCGGUCCAGUUGUGAGAUCAGUUUUUUUUUUUUCAACCUGAUUUAAAAUUUCAGUUUACUGCUGUACAUCUCAGCUUCGGUUCAGUUCAAAUCUCUCCCUUGCACAAAUACAUAGAAUUAUUUCUAUUCAGGAUGUCGGAAGAUGGUGUUGGAUGUUUGCUUUUUAUUGCUACAAAAAAACCUUGCGAUAUCAGGGAAUCGAAUAGAGGCCAUGUCCAACCUUCAAUUAAAGGCUACUCAGUGCUACCACAAGCUUUCAAAGACGCAAAUCCACAGAUUCUAGACAGUUUUUUGAGUAAUGGGAUCCAAGUUUUAGGGAACAAUCCAGAAGAUGCCACCUUUCAAUUUGCCCAUGAAAACUUGAAGUUUGAAAUGUUUGAAACAAUGAUUUUAUUGGACGAGUCAGAAAAUGAACCUGCAAAUUUUGUUACAUUGAGGCCACACAGUAUUGUUGUGCAUCCACUCAAUAAGGAAGCCAUUGAAUUCCUUCUGAAUAGUGACUUUGAAGUUCUCGCACUUGACGAGGAAGAUGACGCAGAUUACGCAGAAGUGGUGGAGGAUAACUUAAAGGCUUUGGAAUGCUUUUUCACUGCAGAUGCGGAAAUAGCAUACAACCAUCAUAAAGGGGGAACUAUUCUGCAUUUUGCGGUCAAAAGAUCCAUUGAUGGUCUUGUGAAAUCGCUUUUGAAAUGUGGAGCAAACAUUAAAGCUGAACGAAAUGAUGGCAUGACACCCCUUCACCUAGCAGCAAAACAUGGGGACUUAGGAAUCACGAGAAUACUUGUAGAAAACGGAGCAGAUGUAGAUUCCGGUGUGAGAAAUGCUUCUUUCAAAGGGUGGACACCCCUAGUAUUUUCGUUUUUCAGCAAAGACAAUGACACACUGAGGUUUCUUUUAGAAUCUGGAGCGAAUGUUGAUACUGAAUUCGACUACCACUCUUGCUUUGUGAGCUAUGACUAUUUAGAUCAUGUUACCAGAACUACCCUUCUUUACAUAGCAGUCUUGGAAUACUCGGAAGAGAAGUACCAUCUUAUUGAUACUAUCUUACACCACCAUCCAAACAUUCACAAUGAAUUCAACAAGAAAGCUUUCCACUACAUUCUUUUUUCUUUAGACGAUGAGUUUAUUGAUGUGUUCAAUAAAAUGAAAUAUGCUGGAUUCAAAAUAAAUCAUGAAGACAUUGAAGGCUUUUCCAAAAAGCCCUCCCUUCCGAAGUGUGAAAUUCAUACUGCUGUAAUCAAUGUUCUGGAGGAAACAUGGAUUUAUGGGUGUGAUCUGCGCUCUGCUAGAUUCUUGUGUGGCGCUGUCCACAAGAACUACUUUCAGCUAGUAAAAUCAAUUAUUGAGAAGGGUACAAGCGUAAGUGAGGGAUAUGAUCAUGGUUGCUGGAAAAAAUGCACACCGUUGCAUAUGGCUGCAGGUUACGCUAAUGAAGAGAUCAUUAAUUACCUCUACCUUCAGGGAGCUGACGUAAAUGCAAAAUUAGCGGCACUGGGUGUGGGGAAACCAGAAACUCCAUUACUAUGGGCUGUUCGGAAUUGUAAUAAAAGUGCGAUUCAAUUUCUCAUAGAACACGGUGCCAAUUUUUCAGAUGAUGUAGCUGAGCUCACACAGGUGGCAGCACAAAAUGGCCUCCUCGACAUUGUUGAAUUUUUUUUGCUGAACGGAAUCACCUCCAACUCACAAGAUGGAUACUUUCCGGCAAUUUGCGGGGCUGCGUCUGGAGGUCAUCUCAAUGUGAUGAAAACUUUAUUUGAAUACACGGCAGAGCUUGGCCCAGAGCGCUACUCAUGCAAUGCUCUUCUGAGCGCUUACUUUAGCGGACAUAUCGAGGUAUUUCAAAAGCUUUUAGAUAAUAAUUUCAAUAAUACGGCUAUUAUUUUAGAAUUUACGAAAUUGUCAUAUUUGCUACCUAUUGAAGGUGCUGAUAAGUACUUAAAGAAAUCAAAUUGUUUAACAGUCUUAGCUAGACACAUGAUCAAAAUGGAAGUAGCAAAUUUGCUGUUCUUUGACAUGGAUCUAAGAACUUUUUGGUUUGCUGAGGAGAGUCUCAGUGAUUUUCAAAGUCAUUGCAAAUUGGAAAUAGUCACUCUAAAAAAAGAAGCUGUGAAUGAUUCUGGUCUUACAUUAUACGAUAUUCUGAUCGGGAAUUUAGAUCAGCUUGUCGGCUACGCGAAAAAUGAGGUCACUAUGAAAAACAUGAGACGUGCUCAUUAUAAGACGGCGUUUCCAAUUUAUGCUACUGUGCUUGAUCAUCAAAUUAAGAAAGGAUACCAGCGAGUAAACCUUAUGAAACAAGGCAUUAAAAUUUUUGAGAAACUGCUUCCGGCACUUUAUGAAUUACCUUAUGAGCUGAGGGAAAAAAUUAUCAGCUUCAUGGACAAUCGCGAUUUGAUAUGUCUGGCCAUUGCGUGGUCACAAAAGAGAGGUUGCCAAAACAUAGAAGGCAGUCCUAUUUUAGUCUCUUCUAAUGGUGUAGCGCUCUGAUCAUAUUGAGAGGCUAGCGCAAAUAUACAUAGGACUAUAAACAGGAUUAAAAAAAAAAAUCACAACUUCUUGAUUAAAGUACCUCACUGAAUAAAAAUAAUUUCAAUAUCUUUGAAGGAAAACCAAUUAUUGUAAGUAUUAACCAUUAUUGCUAGACACAGCCCUACACCUUACAAAUAUGACGCCAAUCCUCUGCUCCUUGAUCCAAAAUAAAUCCUCUCUUUUUCUCUCUUGUCUCUCUUUCACCAUGCCAAACUGCCAUGCUAAGGAAGCAGUCAUAUGAACAUUCCGCAGUUGCCAAGUUUUCCCGGAUAAAACAUGUAUUUUUGAGGAA